AAGGUGGUGGUAAUGCACCUAUUUACGUUGGUUGCCAGCCACCGUUAAAAACCAAGAAGAAGAAGAAGUUACGAAUAUCUGGCAACUCGUAAAGCGAUCCAUGAACAUAUGCGGUAGUAGGAAGUGGUGAGGAGAGAACGCCAGUGCGGGCGCUUGAAGGGGGCUGCAGGAUAUUUUAAUAUCCUUCUGAGUAAAUCGUCUUGAUAGCACAUCUCCAUAUAUCACUGCUGUUGGAGCUAAACUCUGCAGGAAAGUGGACCUCGGGGACCAGAGUUGAGAACCCCUGUAUUAAACAGUGAGACAGUUGUUAUACUUUGUUAUUGGUGUAAACAGAAAGAUGUCACCAGAUGAAUUAGUCUACCUAGGAAUCCUUGCUGCAUCAAUACCUGUAGGAUUCCUCUUCCGCUACCUAAGUCCUCCAGUCAAGCAGGGGGCAGCAUUGCUGUUAGGUUUGAUCAUCUCCAUAGCAACCUGUGGGAUCCACACUCUACACUCUCUAUUUACAGUGUUAGGAACAUGGCUGAUUAUAAAGAUCAACUGGCGAAGUGCCCCUGCUCUGUCUUUGGGUUGGACGUUUUUGUACCUCUUCUUUUUCCGUCUGGUCACCUGGUUUGGCCUUCCUCAACCAACACCUUUUGCCAAUGCCAUUCAACUUCUUUUAACUUUGAAGAUGGUCAGUUUAGCCAAUGAGAUUCAAAGUUAUCACUUGGAGAAGAAAAAGGAAGUGAGCACCUUCACCAAAUCCCCAGUGGUGGGAGGACUUUCCCAUGAGCCUUCACUUUAUGACAUUAUAUCAUACAGCUACUGCUAUGUAGGCGUAAUGACAGGUCCCUUCUUCCGUUAUCAGACGUAUGCAGACUGGUUGCAGCAGUCCAAUCCUCUGUCAUUGCCAGGUAAAGAGCCCUGCCUGCAGAGGCUGAAGAUGGUGCCCGUUUACGGAGCUCUUUUCAUAGCCGUCAACUCCGUCUUUCCCUUGUCCUAUGUCCAUACUGAUGAAUUCCUGGACCACAACUAUUUUUACAGGUUUUUCUACAUGGUGGCGAUUUUCUUUGUAUUCCGGAUGCGUUUCUACUCUGCGUGGUGUGGGGCAGAGGCUGGCUGCAUCAGUGCAGGUCUAGGCUGUUACCCCCAGGGAGCGCUGUCCAAACCUGGAGGAGGGCCAACGGUGAAAUAUAGUCCUGAUCCAGACACAGCUGUGGAGUAUGACUUUAAAACGAUCCAGAACAUUGACUGUUAUAACACAGAUUUCUGUGUAAAGGUUCGGCACGGCAUGCGCUACUGGAACAUGACUGUGCAGUGGUGGCUUCACCACUACAUCUACCCCAAUGCUCCUUUCAGAGCGUAUGCUCUCAGGGCUGGAUGGACUAUGCUAAUCAGUGCUUAUUGGCAUGGCCUCCAUGCUGGUUACUACCUCUCUUUUCUCACUAUCCCACUGUGUAUCGCAGCAGAAUCGGCCAUGGAGGCAUCAGUCAGAGCCCGUCUAGGGCCGAAGGGCCAGAAUAUCUUCGACUGGAUCCACUGGUUCCUCAAGAUGAGGGCUUACGACUACAUGUGCAUGGGUUUUGUUCUCCUGAAGGCCAGCGACACCAUCAACUACUGGAGCUCCAUAUACUUCAUAAUUCACAUCAUCGCUGUUGCUUGUAUAGGAUUAGGACAAGUGAUGAAAGGAGGUAAAAAGAGAGAGAGAAGGGAACGAGGGGAAGGAGAGAAAGAGGAUGUGGUAAGAGAGAAGGCUGAGUGAAAAGAAUGUGACACGAUGUUCAUGCUGAUAACCGAAAAGCUGGUAUGUUUACAAAAAAGAAACAUUUCCCAACAUGCACUGUAAUAGCCAUCAGCUGCCAUUCAAGGUAUUUUGCUUUUU